UUUUCAGUUUGCGCAGUUGGUCUGAGAUCCCAUUAACCUUGUGUCGUCAUAUUAGACAUCAGUAGUCCAUGUAUUUCUUAUUUAAUCACAACUUACUGAUCAUUUUAGUCAGGUAUCGACACCUUCAUAAAAGAUGAUAUUCUGUGUAUAUUUACAGACAAUAAUUUUUUAUAUGGUCUUUGUUACUGUGACUGGUAACAAGUGUGACAAAUUAUCACCAGGAAGCCUUGUUGACUAUCCUUACAUCAUCUACGACACAACAGAUGAUUGGGAAUCUGCUCUUUUCAAGAUUGUCACUGAACUCAAUACAAAUGAUAAUGAAAUAAAUAGAAUAGUUCAACACGGAGAACUUUGUAACAGCAUCGAUACAGACACGGCCAAACUCCUACGGAGAAUGAUAAUCCAGCAUUGCGUCUCACUCGAUAUUAUCAACAGCUUUGGCAAAGAAGAAAAAUCCCUGAUGAGAGAUGCCAUCAAAAAAGGAAUGGAAACUUGUAAGACGAGAAUUAAAAGCAGCGAUUCAGAUUUUAAUACUGAUGAAUCAGAGGCUGCAGAGCAUCAAUGUAGAUUUGUGGCGGCUGUGAAACAUAUUCUGCUUGAAAAACAGAAGAAUGCAAGAUUCUCACGUCCGGCUAAUUAUAUGAUAGAGAAUUUCAAAUAUGCGUCUCGUAAUUUUGAAAUGGAAUACAUGUUUCUCAGUUUGUCCGACUCGAGAAUCGCUAAUUUCUUCAUGAAAUUGUUCCUUGAGAUCGAUAAACUUUCACCACAAACUCGACUUUCCAUCAUUCUAAGCAUUACGAAUACUGAAUUCUUAUUCAGACCAGAGGGGACAUCUUAUGAAAGUACAAGAGAUGGGAUUGAUUUAGUGAAGCAUUCUUUUAACACUUUUGCAUCUUUUAAAAAUUAUAAGGAAGCUCCAAGGAAUCGUGAACAAGUAUGGUUCCAGAAUGAACUAAUCAAGAGGCAUUGUGAGCAAAAUAAGGUAUUUGCUGAACUAUCUGAAGAAGCAAAGGAAGUAUUCAAAUUGGCACGUCACCUGAAACUGAAGGAUUUCGAAACGAGAUUGAAAAUAUUCCAAUAUGAUGUCUUCAAUUACAAAGUGAUCAAAAAUUGUGGUAAUGUAAUGCCUAAAUUAUUGGCUGACAUACAAGGAGAUCUUACUUUCUUAGAAAUAAGAAUGUCGGCGAAUGGUAACUACAAAGCAUUGGGUGGAGAAGACAUAAAUAAAAUCAACAUAUUAUUGUCCAUGUGGAUUGAAGAGAAAAUUUUCAUGUCUGUUGUUGACUGGGGUGUGUACAAUGACUUGAAACAAAUUUUCUUUUAAAUUGAUAACAAUCCAAGCGUGGACGUAGAUGCUAUAUUAAAUACCCGUUGAUAGCCUUUCUAAAGACAGACACUAUGUUAUCUUUACUUAAUAUAUUUUUCGAUAAAUGAUAUCGAUUUGAUAUGAUUAAUAGAAUCAAGUUUCAAAUGCUAAGACCCGGUAGCACAAAAGUUUGUUAAAUGAAUUUCAAUCAUGAUUAAAUUCCUCCAGAACCAAUCGGAAAAGGUACGUUUUUCUGAGAAGGAGGCUUCUCUGAUUGAUUCUUGUAACAUUUAAUCAAGAUUAUAAGUUAACAGACGCUUCUGUGUAAGGAUGCUUAAAAGGCUAAUCUGAGAAAUAACAUAAUAAAGGAAACUUACCACAUUCAUUUGCAGAAACAACUAUGAGAAAGUUUUCCUAUGAUAUAAAAAUGGAACCCAAAGAGCAAGAUUUCAUUGAGAAGGUCAAUAAUU